AUGUGGCCCGUCUCCUGCCUGCUGCUGGCAGUGCUGGUGGGCACGGCACUUGCACAGGAGCUGGAGGAACCUGAUACCUACACGGAAUGCACAGAUGGAUACCAGUGGGACUCAGACACACAGCACUGCAAAGAUGUGAACGAGUGUGAGACCAUCCCCGAGGCCUGCAAGGGGGAGAUGAAAUGCAUCAAUCACUAUGGCGGGUACCUGUGCCUGCCACGCUCAGCCUCCGUCAUCAAUGACGUGCACUCGGAGAACGCUGCGCCCCCCAGUGCCCCUCGGCCCCGGCCUCCCCGACCCUCACUCACCGCCUCCCGCCACAACGCCUGCCCCCAGGGCUACGAGCCUGAUGGGCACGGCUCCUGCCUGGACGUGGACGAGUGUGAGUACGAGCUGCAUGACUGCCAGCCCAGCCAGGAGUGCAUCAACACGGCCGGCGCCUUCCACUGCAAGUGCCCCGAUGGCUACCGCAAGAUUGGCUCCGAGUGCGUGGACAUUGACGAGUGCCGGUACCGGUACUGCCAGCAUCGCUGCGUCAACUCCCCAGGCUCCUUCUCCUGCCAGUGUGAGCCAGGUUUCCAGCUGGCCAGCAACAACCGCUCCUGCAUGGAUGUGAAUGAGUGUGAGAUGGGGGCGCCGUGUGGGCAGCGCUGUUUCAACACCUACGGCACCUUCAUCUGCCGCUGCAACCAGGGCUAUGAGCUCGACCGCGACGGCUUCACCUGCAAUGAUAUUGAUGAGUGCAGCUACUCCAGCUACCUGUGCCAGUUCCAGUGCAUCAAUGAGCCAGGGAGAUUCUCCUGCGACUGCCCCCAGGGCUACCAGCUCCUGGGCACCCGCCUCUGCCAAGACAUGAACGAGUGUGAGACGGGUGCCCACCAAUGCACCGAGGCCCAGAGCUGCAUCAAUUUCCAUGGGGGCUAUCGCUGCGUGGAGAAGAACCGCUGCCUGGAGCCCUACGUGCAGGUGUCUGACAACCGCUGUCUGUGCCCUACCACAAACCCUCUGUGCCGGGAGCAGCCCUCGUCCAUCGUGCACCGUUACAUGAGCAUCACAGCUGACCGGACCGUCCCUUCCGACGUCUUCCAGAUCCAGGCCACCAGCGUCUACCCCGGAGCCUACAAUGCCUUCCAGAUCCGCUCUGGCAACGAGCAGGGGGAGUUCUACAUCCGGCAAAUCAAUAACAUCAGCGCGAUGCUGGUUCUGGCCCGGCCUGUCACCGGGCCCCGGGAAUACGUGCUGGACCUGGAGAUGGUGACUAUGAACUCACUCAUGAGCUACCGCUCCAGCUCGGUGCUGCGCCUCACCAUCUUCGUGGGAGCCUAUUCUUUCUAG